AUGAGUGGUCGAGGCUUUGGUCGCGGGUCGUCUGGUGGUUUUCGUGGGGGACGCGGAGGAUUUAGAGGUGGUCGUGGUGGUGGCCAGUUCAAUUUUGAUCAGGGUCCCCCGGAAGAAGUAAUUCAAGUUGGUGAAAUGACACACGCGUGUCAAGAGGACCUUGUAUGCAAUCUCACUCACGAGAAAAUUCCGUAUUUCAAUGCGCCGAUAUUCUUAGAGAAUAAGGAGCAAAUAGGAAAAAUUGAUGAAAUUUUCGGGCCUAUAAAGGGAAUGUUUUCAGUUAAACUUUCGGACAAUCUUAAAGCCCAGUCUUUUAAGAAAGGCUUGAAGCUCUUCAUCGAUCCUUCAAAAUUGCUUCCUUUGGAGCGAUUCACCAACCCUACCGCAGCAAGAGGUCGUGGUGGUGGAAGAGGUGGUCGUGGUGGCACCGACAGAGGCAGACGUGGUGGCCCCGAUAGAGGUGGACGUGGAGGUGGGAAUAGAGGCAAUGGGUUUCUAAAAUGA